GAGUAUUAUUUAAUUGCCUUGCUAGCACCUUCUAAAAAAUCAAAGGAUGGUUUAAAAAUGAUAGAGGUCAAUGUAUAUUUUAUUUUAAGAACGUCUCCAAGAUGAUUAAAUUAGAUAAAGUCCACCUCCAUCUAUGGUUGAUCAAAAUCAAAAAUAUUCAUGAAAAUGAGAAAGAUAAUCAUUAACUUAAUGGUACCUUCUAAAAGUAUUUGAUAAUCCAUUACUUUUUUAAUGACAUUAGUACCUUAAAAUUAGAGAUACUAAUUGAUAAAAGAUGAUUGCCAUUGAGUAUAAUAUAUAUAUUUAGU